AUAGCCGGGGGGAUGUGAAGCAGCUGACUGAACAGGGAGGAGUUGUGCCUUUUUUUCAGGCAGUUCAUUAAUUCCUGUGUUUUCGGCUACGUUUUGACAAUAAUAUCGUCUUUGACCAAAAUAAAGUGGGAUAGAAAAACUUAUUAAACCUGUUGACGUUUUGGGGAUUGACAAAUUCGUUUCAAUCACAAUGAGAAGCUGGAAGAAUCACGUGCGUGGUGAACUGCAACAGAGAGACCAAACUGAGAAGUUGCCUUUCAUCGGUGUGUUCACGAGCUUGUCUCAGAUGGAGGAACGGUUUGAAUUUCGCAAAACAUGUUUGGAUGAUGUUCAAUCUAAGAGGUUAGAAAUUUUAGACCGAGGUGGACGUGAAGUUGGGAAAGACACCAGACUCCUUCAACUCCAACUGAGGGAAAGUGAACACCUGGCAGAAAAGCUGUCUCAGACCGUCUCUGACCUGACCACAGUCCUGUAUCUGAAAGAGGCUGAACUGCAGUACUGGCAGUCACGUGUGUCCCACUUCCGCCAAGAGGCCCUUUCUCUGGCUAAAGGGAGUAACGCCAUGAAGGCGACUCUAUCAGAAUUUGAGUACACCGUCGAGUGUCAAUCCAAAGAGUUGGCAGCCCUGCGUACGGAGCAGAAAGGAAUAAAUCAGGCUUUGGAACAGGCCUGCAGAGAGAAAGAAGAACUCUUACAGCGCUGGAUGGAGGAGAAGAGGGAGGAGGCAGACAGGUUGAAUAAGUACAACGCUGCACAGGAAAGGUGGCAACGUUUUGCCAAACAGCUGAAGAAGCACCUCCAUAAUGCAAGGACAAAAGAGUUUGUUCCCAUUGUGACGAGCUCUUGGUGUGGUGAAGCAGAAAUGCCUACAUCAGUGAUUCAGAGGAUUAAUAAUACAUACCGGGACACAACCAUGUCUAAACUGUGACCUAGUUGAAUAUUCCCACUGUAUCCAGGAAAUGACAGUUCUCAGCACGAUUACCUCAAUGUGAAUUUCCCUAUUCUACAUUUGCUUGCAGUUGAAAGACAAUUUUCCUAUUAUGUAAUGCCAAAAAGAAUAACUCAAGAAGUUUUGCUUUCUUAACUGUUUUAUUUGACUCAAAUAUAUUUAGAAGUGCACCAUAUUCUGUAAAUAUAUUGUUGGAUUAAUACUUGCUAAAUUGCCUAGUUUUACAUUGUUUUUCCUUGUUCUACAAUCCCUCUUUCCAAAUGUAUCAGAUAUGGAAUUUUACCUCAUUGAGACUCUUCACUAAAGGAUU